UGCCAAGCGCCAAUAAACACCGAAGUAAACCCUCCUGCGCAUUAUUGUAUUUAUGUUCCAAACUUCACCGUUAUAACUAGCCGUCCGAAAGUAUGAUACAAGGAUCGUUCAUGGCAACUCGGCACCCCUUCACAGACACGGACACUUCCGAUGAAGCAGUGAGGGCGACGUGUGAUGAUGCCACGGCGUGCAAAAGGUUCGCCAUUAGUAAAGGCUACUGGAAAGAUCCUUACAUCCAAUAUUUUGUGAGAUCUAUUGGUGAGCGGAAGGCACCCGAAAUCAAUCGAGGUUAUUAUGGCCGCGUUAAAGGUGUCAAUCAUCUCCUUGAUGCAUUUAUAAGGAAAACAGAAUGUGAUUGUCAAAUCAUCAAUCUUGGUGCGGGGCUGGACACCACCUUCUGGAGACUUAAGGAUGAAGACCUUCUGCCCAAUAAGUAUUUUGAAAUUGACUUUCCUACUGUUGUGGCCAGGAAAAUCCACUAUAUAAAGUCCAAACCACACUUGUCCAAGCCCAUCAUCGAAACCCAUUCAACAGAUUCCUUGCUACUAGACGCCCACAGCCUUGACUCCGAUCGGUAUUGUAUCAUCGGCGUGGAUCUUCGAGACGUAGCUACCUUGGAUGAGAAGUUGAAAAAGUUCCAUCUUAACCCAGAGUUGCCUACAUUGCUGCUUUCAGAAUGUGUGCUGGUUUACAUGACGCCCACUCAGUCCUCCAAUUUAGUUCGCUGGGCUGCCGACACCUUUCACACUGCCAUGUUCAUCAACUACGAACAGGUGAACAUGAGCGACCGGUUUGGCCAGGUGAUGAUUGAGAAUUUGCAGCGGCGGCAGUGCACGCUGGCUGGUGUAGAUGUAUGCCGAUCUCUGGACUCUCAGAAGGAUCGAUUUCUCAGGUCCGGCUGGGAUCACGCCGAUGCUCUAGAUAUGGUGACGGUCUACAGUUUGCUUCCACAGGAUGAUGUGGCAAGAAUCGAGCGAUUAGAGUUCCUCGAUGAGAGGGAACUUUUGCAGCAACUCCUUCAGCACUACAGCAUCUGCUGGGCCACCAAGGACAGGCACAGUCUGGGUUUGUCAACUCUGGCGUUUUGACUGGAAUUUCUCCACGUCAUUGGAUGAGUAGUUAUAUGGAAAAGGAGACAUUUAUCAUCUGUGCAUCAUUGGAUUUGUUCUGCCGGCUUUUCAUCAAGCCAUUUGUGGGCCAGUGCAGACAAAAACAAUCAAACCUCUUUGCAUGUCAUUUGUAAGCCAACUCAUCAAGGUGGAAUAGUUAUAGAAUGUCUUUUAAAAAAACAAAAAAAGUGCCAUUUCCUUUAUUUAUUGAUGAAUUGCUCACCCCUACUCCUUUCCAUAAAUGCUCAAAGCAGAACGGAAAAUACGCACUGUACUUCUGGAUUUGCUCGUGUUAUUUUAAUACCAUGAAAUUGAAUCUAUAUUAAAUAUCUGAAUGUUGUCAAUUGAA